UGAUGUUUUGUGGAUUUCGAUUUUGUUUAUUUUGCCGCUUUUUUUUGCUGGAUUUUGCUGAAAAAUCUUGAUAUUCCAUUGUUUUGAAGUUUCUGGAAUUCGCUCUAACACUGAUCGUUUUUUCUUUUGUUUGUAACAAACCAAAUAACAAUGUUACCAUCACGAUUGUUUGGACGUUUUAUCAUUUAUUCGACGAUAUUGAAACAACGAUCAAUGUCGAAUGUAUUAAUGAGACAAUUUCGAUUUGAAUUUCAUCAUCUGGCUCCAUUAUCAUCAUUGGAACAAAUCAUUCAUCAUCAACCGAUGACAAUGUCAAUACGAUCAUUGGCUAAAGGAAAAGAUCGUGUAAGAGAAAAAAAUCGAUCCGAUCGGCCAAAAGUAAUGCUCAAUGAUGAUGAAAUGGAACAAGUAAUGCAAUAUGAAGAACUACGUUCACAAGUUGAUUUGAUGAUUGAUGAAUUUAAAAAUGAUUUGAAGCUAAAUUUUAAUGUUAAACUCAAUCCACGUGUCAUUGAAAGUUUGGAAAUAUCAUAUGAUGGAAUGAAAGUAACAUUGGGUGAUAUUGUCAAUAUUGUACGUAAACAAAAUGAUCUAAUCAUUAAUCUAUCAGCAACACCGGCUGCUGUUAAGCCAGCAUUAUUGGCCAUUCAAGAAUCUGGUUUAAAUCUAAAUCCACAACCUGAUGGUAAUGUAAUCUAUAUACGAAUGCCACGUAUAACCACUGAACAUCGUCAAGCAUUAAUUAAAUCCGUACGAUUAGCUGGACAAAAAAUUAAAGAUCGUAUAAAAGAUAGAAAUUUUCAUAAAAAAUUUAUGGAAAAAGAUCUUAAACGGCUAAGUAAAGAUCUUGUGAAUGAUGCACAGGCUAAUCUAAAUUAUUAUAUUCGACAAAAAUUUACAGAAAUUGAUGAAAUUGUUCGACACAAAGAAGAAUCAUUGGCCAGUAAUUGAAAUUUAA